AUGGAUGAUGCCAAUCUGCUUGUUAAAGAGCUUAGAAUAGAUUGGGAAACAUUACUAACUGAAAAUUUCAAUCCAUUAAAGCAGUCUUUAGAGAAUAAGAAAAGUAAUUACAAGCAAUCUAAUUACAGAAAUACUUAUCACAAAGUACAAAAAGUUAUAGAUAAAAUAAUCGAGAUAAGUUAUAAAGGAUUUAGUGAUUCUGUGAUAUCAUACAUGGAGAGUUAUAACUAUACGGUGAAGUGCUUAGAAAAUAUAUAUAUUGAUAAUAUAAAUACCACAUUAGAUAUACUAACCAAUAUAAGUGUUAAUGAUAAAGAAUUAAGCGAGAAUUAUGAAUCUACUGCAUAUUUUCGACGUAAAAAUGAAAUAUGUGGAAUUCUAGCAAAUAUUGUGGGAUUGUAUGAAAAAUAUCUUGAACAUGUAACCAAUAAAAUGUAUAUUGAAGCGUGUAGUUUUGCACGCGACAUUUUUGAUUCUAUAAAAAGUAACGAGCUUGACAUUAUCACAGGUGUUAAAUAUUUCUUAAACGACGAGCUUUCUGAAUCUGUAAGGCUUAAAGAUCAAGGAAAAGAAAAUAUGUUGACAUUUGUAGAUAAGCUUAUGUUAUUGGAUGAAGUUCUUAGCGAGCUGUGCUCUCAUGGAAGUUUAAAUAAUGCAAUAAAGUUUUUUGAAAAGAGAGUAGACGACAUAGAUCUACAAAAGCAAUAA